GGGGAUUACCCCAAUAUUUGUCAGGGGAUUGUCCCUCUUCUGUUUUGCUUAUGUUUUAUCAGAUUGUUAGAUAUGUUUAGAUCUGUAUCUGUUUCUCAAUAAUUUCAAGGUUCUGAAUUCUCUCUCUGUCCCUCAUGUUAUAUGUCGGGUUUUGUGUUUCAUUUUUGCAUCCCUCCAACAAAGGGAUAUUUUUGGUGUUUAAUUUGGGAAAUUUCUCAUCACAGUUAACACUUUCAAAUUUUUUUGGCAUAUUUCUUAUCUGGUUUGAUUAUAUUGUGGCUUAUCUCUCAUGACAUAUUGUGAUCAUCAGGUUUAUGCUUGUUUUCAUAACCAUACAUGGGGACUAUACCCUUUGCCCUUAAUUUCCUGCGUCUCUCUCUCUGAGCAUCUCAUGAUGCACUUGGACUUGGAUGUAUCAACAUACAUGGGGGAUUCUUUGGUUGCCAGAUACUGGUGCCACAGGUGUUCCCAAGUGGUGAACCCCAUAAUGGAGGAAAUCAAAUGCCCAUUUUGUGAGGAUGGCUUUGUGGAAGAGAUCGGGGGUGAAGGAGAGAGAGAGCAAGAAGAUGAAGCAGUCUCCGAUAGAGCUCUCUCUCUAUGGGCUCCAAUCCUUUUAGGGAUGAUGGGUCCAUCAAGGAGGAGAAGAAGGUUUAGAUUAGAUGAAGAAGAAGAGACCCACCAUAGCGAAGCCGAGUUAUUGGAACCAGAACCGAGCCUUCGGAGGAGAAGAAACAGCACAGCCAUUCUGCAACUCCUCCAAAGCCUUCGGAAUGGGAUCGCUGAAUCCGAGAACCAAGAUGGAGAGAGAGAGAGAGGAGUCAUUCUGAUAAACCCAUUGAACCAGGCAAUAAUCCUUCAAGGAUCAUUUGAUGCGAACCCAAUCCCCAACCAGAACAAUGACCAAACGGGCUCGACAAACAUUGGUUCGUCACUUGGUGAUUACGUCAUAGGGCCUGGAUUGGAUCUUCUGUUACAACAUUUGGCUGAGAAUGAUCCCAAUCGAUAUGGGACUCCUCCUGCUACCAAAGAAGCAGUGGAGGCCUUGCCCACUGUGAAAACUGGAGAGAGUGAGAGGUGUUCGAUUUGCAUCGAGGAUUUUGAAGUGGGUGCGGAAGCUAGAGAGUUGCCUUGUAAGCAUAAGUUUCACUCUGGUUGUAUUUUGCCAUGGCUUGAGCUUCACAGUUCAUGUCCAGUUUGCAGGUUUCAAUUACCAGCUGAUGAAUCAAAAUUGCCUCAAGGGACUGGAACCAAUAGUAGUAAUGGCGGUGAUGGAGGAGAGCAAAAUGGAGAAGGGGAGAGAGAGAAUAACAGGAGGUUUUGGGUACCUGUACCAUGGCCUUUUAAUGGGUUGUUUUCUCUCUCUGGAUCACAGGCUGGUAACUCAUCUUCACCUUCUUCAUCUUCUUCAUCUGCAAGUCCUCAGAGAGACGAAACUUGAAGAAGCCCCAUGUGUAGUAGUAACUUCUUCUGUAUAUAGCGUUUAAAUUUACUGGCUUUGGUUUGCCGAAGAAUAUGGAUAUUUCUUUUUUUGGGUUCUUCAUUCCCUUUGCUUUGUUUAGAAGAGAGAUGAUAAUGGUGAAGAAACUUUUGAGUUUUUUUGCUGUGGGUUUAUUGUAGAAUGGCGGGGGUCUCAUAGCAUGCUUUGGUAGAUAUAUAUACUCAUGCAUCCAAAUGAAAUUAUAUUGCAGAGCUUUAUAAA